CUUUCGCCGCUUCACUUGUCAGGAGUCUCAGGACUCAGGAGAUUCAUCGAGUCCUACACUCCUAACUCCAACAGAAAAGAGAUUGGUUACUGGUUAGAGAUGAUCCAUAUUCCUGGGGUAGGGACACAACUAUGUCUGUUCCUGAUGAUAAAAAGCUAAUAGAAGAAGGUCCCCUUAUUUCUUGUGGCUGACUGCUCAAAUCCCAUCGUUUUCUGGUGGUUCAUGAAUCUGUAUCUGUGGAGCUCUGCCUUUCUUUUAUAUCAGAAGAAGAGGAUGUUCUAUCAAAUCCACUGACGAAAGGCACAUUUUGGAGAAGCUUACUCAGAGGAAGUGCCAUGGCUUAUGGUAAUUCUAGAUCAAUAAGAUUUCAAGAUUAUCUCAAAGAAGAAAAAUUCACAACCAAUGGAGAUAGUGGGAUUAAACUCAUGUACAAGAUUGAUUGGGCACAGAUAUCGGAACCAAGCUCUGAGAAAGUUGAUAGGAAUGCACCUGAGAAAACUGGGAGGUCCUUGAAAUCUAAAGUGUUGUCGAGAGUGUUCUCUGAGGACUAUGAGAAAGUAAAGAAGAAGAUAUUGGAUCCUCGAGGACCUGUGAUACAUAAAUGGAAUAAGAUUUUCUUGGUAGCAUGUUUGAUUUCUCUUUUUGUGGACCCUCUGUUAUCUUACUUACCGGGGGUUCAGGAAGAGAAGGUGUGCAUAGGUAUAGGGAUACCCCUUGAAGUAGCACUUACUAUUGUACGAUUGAUAGCAGACAUGUUUUAUUUCAUUCAGAUUUUUGUCCGACUUCGAACAGCUUACAUUGCUCCUUCCUCUCGUGUAUUUGGGAGAGGGGAGCUUGUUAUAGACCCUUCAAAGAUUGCCUCGAGGUACCUUGCCAGGGGCUUCUGGAUUGACCUUCUGGCUGCACUACCCCUUCCACAGGUGUUAAUUUGGGUGGUACUCCCCAAUCUAAAUGGUUCAACAAUGACCAAUACUAAAAAUGUGCUUCGCUUCAUCAUUAUCUUCCAAUACCUCCCAAGACUAUUUCUUAUAUUUCCACUAUCAUCACAAAUUGUCAAGUCCACUGGGGUUGUGACAGAGACAGCAUGGGCUGGGGCGGCUUAUAACCUGAUGCUCUAUAUGUUGGCAAGCCAUUUAUUAGGAGCCUGCUGGUACCUUCUAUCAAUUGAGCGACAAGAAGCAUGCUGGAGAAAGGUCUGCAGUCUUCAGAACUCAUCUUGUAAAUAUAGUUUCUUUGACUGCAAUGUGAAGGACAACCUUAAUAGGGUCAACUGGUUCGAGUCAAGCAACAUCACAAAUCUAUGUAAUCCAAGCAAUGGCUUCUUUGAGUUUGGUAUCUAUGCAGAUGCAGUGACCUCUGGAGUUACCUCCUCGUCGUUCUUCAGCAAAUACUUCUACUGUCUGUGGUGGGGUCUAAGAAACUUGAGUUCUUUAGGACAGAAUCUCUUAACAAGCACUUAUGUUGGAGAAAUAAGUUUUGCUAUCAUUAUUGCAAUUCUUGGUUUGGUGCUUUUUGCAUUGCUCAUCGGGAAUAUGCAGACAUAUCUCCAAUCCACUACCAUCCGAUUGGAAGAGUGGAGAAUCAGGAGAACAGAUACAGAGCAAUGGAUGCGUCACAGGCAGCUACCACAAGAAUUGAGGCAGUGUGUACGAAGAUAUGAACAGUACAAGUGGAUUGCAACACGAGGAGUUGAUGAAGAAGCCCUUCUCAAAGGUCUCCCAUUGGAUCUCCGAAGAGACAUCAAGCGCCACCUCUGCUUGGAUCUUGUUCGACGAGUUCCACUGUUUGACCAAAUGGAUGAGCGGACGUUGGAUGCUAUAUGUGAGAGACUCAAGCCUGCUCUUUGCACCCAAGGGACAUGCCUAGUGCGUGAGGGUGACCCUGUCAAUGAAAUGCUCUUCAUCAUCCGAGGUCACCUAGACUCUUACACUACCAAUGGUGGACGCACUGGUUUCUUCAAUUCAUGUCUCAUUGGCCCCGGUGACUUCUGUGGUGAGGAACUACUGACGUGGGCGCUGGACCCAAGUCCGAGCGUCAACCUCCCAUCAUCCACUAGGACGGUAAAGGCGAUUUCUGAGGUUGAGACAUUUGCACUCAUUGCCGAUGAUUUGAGGUUUGUUGCUUCACAAUUUCGAAGACUACAUAGCAAGCAACUGAGACAUAAGUUCCGGUUCUAUUCACACCAUUGGCGUACAUGGGCUGUAUGUUUCAUACAAGCAGCAUGGUGGUCGUUUAAGAAGCGGAAAGAAGCAGCUGAACUCAGAGCUAGGGAGUGCCCCAUUGCCAUCUCAACUGAGCCAGCAUUUGAACAAAUGAAUGUGUCCAUGCCCCAGGCAGGCACAGGUUUAGCGAUGUAUGCAGCACGGCUAGCGGCAAGCACUGGGAGAGGAGGAGGCAAGCAAUGUGGGUCAGAUUCUGUUGUUGUUAGUUCAUUGCAGAAACCAGCAGAGCCUGAUUUUAUGGCAGAGGAGGAAUGAAAGUGAAGCAAUUGUGUGCUAAAACUAGGCAACUGGCUUGCCUCUUUGAGAAUAUUAGUCUUUUCUCCUUUCUAUUUUUGGGUAACCUCUGGGCAUAGUGUGUGAAUGGUGUGCAUACUAAUGAGCUUUCUAUAGGUGAUUUAUUUAUUUAAUACAACAGGAAAAUAUAUUUAUUGCUA